CAGCACGCGGCUUGUGGGCCGCCCAUCGACGGACAUGACCGCAGGAACGAGGACAGGCAGCCGGACCGAAGCUCAUGCUGGCGGUAAUCUGCCUCGAGGCAGCCAUGAACCGUGACCUUCCAUACACGGCCAUCCACCUCGUUGUGCGCAAGGCGAUGUUCCUGUCAUUGCAGACCCGCCGCCACGUUGGAAACGCGAGUACAAUGAUUCACCUCUGAAGACAUACUCUUAUCCGCCAGCCGAUCAAUCACCGCAGCGCAACAGAAAGCCGAUGAUGCUUCCGGGCACACAGGGUCCGAUUCAGGGGAUCGCGCCCCGGGAGUCGACUCCCUCUCCUUCCUUUCGCGAGAGGCAGCGUGCGACGAAGACCCAUUCGCUGCCGAUUGUGCCAUCCCUGAACCAGUUACAGGAGCGGCAAUCCGUAUAUCCUCAAGGCCAACAACCGAGUCCGACGACUUCCACCGGCUCUCAUCCGUCUCGCAGGUCGCCGCCACCUUCACGAAUCUCACCUGUCGCUGCGAAGAUGUCGGUGGCGGCGCACGCACGUGAACAUACCCCAGAGGGUGCGCCUUCUCCGCCUCUGCAGUCGCAUCCUCCGCUGGUGUUGCCUCCUCAUCUCAUCCCUCUCCCGCCGCCCGGUCCUGUUCAUAGCCAGAGUCUCCCCUCGGUUCCGCAGGCGCAGAACCCCCACCAUCCCCGGCCUAUCAACCGCAUCCCAGCACCGAACUUCCUCUCUCAGUUUGGCAAUGACACAUGGCAAAUGACCCCGGAGUUCAUGGCCGAGAUUGAGCGGGCGGACCUGCAGCAAGCCGCUGCUGGCCAGGCAGGGUUCGCCUACGCCGGAGGAGCAGCCUCCGGUGGACUGACCCAGCUCAUGCAGCCCGCGAAGGAUCCCGCCGUCGAGCGUGUGCGCGCUGGCGAUCGGUCCAGCCCGAAAGACCAGGAUGCUACCGCCGCGAAGCGCCAGUCGCGAGACAAAGACAGCAUGAACGCGCGCGACAGUCCGAAGACGCGGGAUCGCUCGCAGACGGUGUCGUCGAUCUCCUCGAUGGAAGGCCACGCUGCGGCCGCUCGCACGCCCGAGUAUCGCGGAUCGCCACAGUUCCAGACGCCGAUGGCCUCACCUGGAGAACGCACCGCGGCCUAUACGCAGUACGUCCCGGAGGGCUACCGUGACCAAGGGGGCAAUACACAAGCACAGGGUCCCACGGCCCCCACUCGGAAGCCAGUACCUUUCGUAGGCCCUGCCGAGGCUGCUCCGACGCGCUUAACACCGCCUGCCAGCUCCAAACUUGCCUCGAGCCACACCCCGCCCUUGCAGGCCAUGGCCUCUCGUCCGUCGGAGCGUUCGCUGCCCUUGCAGGAGGAGCCAGAGGAGGAGGUCACGCACUUCGUCGAUCGUGAGCCAGAGUAUGAGGACCUCCAUCGAGGCUCACCCAUCCCAUCGUCAGACGUGUACCCCGAAGGACGCUACGAACCCCGUCGCGAGCACGCGCGGAACGGCAGUCGCGGUAGUGACGAAGAGGAGGAUGACGUGACGUUGAAUGACGAAGACGACGAGCACCAGAUGCAAGGGAAGGACGGUGAGGACUCGGGUUCAGGGUCGGGAUUUACUCCUCGCUCGCCGUCGGUAGCGUUGCCAGAUCGCUCUCGGGAUGCUCCGUAUCCCAGCCCCACAUCGCAGUACAGUACGGCGACCGCUCAGUACCAGGCGAGCCCAAGCGCGGACUACCAAAAGACGAUUCGCGCGAAGCACCGAUCUGGCCCGACCGACCAGCUGGGCAUGCGGAGCUUCGACCCUGCCAUGUUCGAGAACACGGUGAACACACUCAGAAGCAACGACAGAGACUCGCCUGCUAGUAGUCAGCGGCAAUCCUCUCGUCCGCCCCAGCCACCUCCUCAGCCGCAACAACAACAACAGCAGCAGCAGCAGCAGCAGCAGUCCAUGGCUCAGGCUCAACAGGCUCAGGCACGGCUGGAUCCGUCAAGACUGCAAGCAGAUGCUGCCCGCCACGCUGUGCUGGGGCAGUUGACGGAGCAGCAAUUGGCCCAGGCCGGCAUAUAUCAUCCUCACUUCCCGCACCCGGAAGAACUGCAGAGCAUGCUGGAGGAUCCGACAUCGUCUUACAUCCGCAGCUUCUUGCGGACUCCCGGUGCUCGCCCGAACGCUCCCAUUCCUCCAACGCCCCAAUCGAACACCGCCGCGCCAUCGCCCUCGCCUCUUCUCUCCGCCAUGCAAAGCGACGCCGAGCCCCGGCAAAUCGGCUCGCCGUACCCGUACCCCUUCACGCACAUCCGCCGCUCGACCAUGCCCGCUAUGCAGCAGGCCCCCUCGUCGACGCCUGACAUGAACAACGUCGACUACGUCCGCGAGCAGAUGGCACUGCAGAUGCAAAUAUACGCGCUGAACAACGGCUACCAGCAAGCGUCUGAGGCCUCGACGUUCUCUCCGCCCGGCACGCCGUUCCCUGGCCCAGGCUACAACCCGCUAGCGUUCGUGCCUCUGAUGGGGGUGCAAGGCCUUGGGCAGGCAGGUGCGCGCGCGUCCGUGAUGAGCAUGCGCUCGAGCCCCAGCCAUGAACCGGUGAGCCUACCACCUCCGCCGGCGAUGCGGGGCCGGGGCUUACGCAGGCGCGACCAAGCCCCGAACUUGCGCGCACCUCCGCCCGGUGCCCGACCUGUCCGGCGAGUGAAGCCCCCGCCUCGCGUGGAGAGCACGCAGCCGCGCGAAACGAGCCCGGAGUUGUCGUCUGAAGGCUCGGGCGAGGAGACGGCCGGCGAGGAGAAGUUCGUGGAUCAUUACAUCGCGGAGGCUAGCGCACAGUCGACCACGAGCGCUGUUCCUUGGACUAACGGGAACGGCACGGAGCACGCCGAGGCUGAGGAGGGUGAGUGGGUAGACGAGGAGGAGGAGGGUGAGGAAGAGGACCUGCUCGAGUUAGAGUACCACCCGACGUAUGUGAGCAGUCCGCAGAGACGGCGGCGCAGAUGGGAGACACGCUGGGAUGCACUCAUUCAGGCAUUCCAGUCUCUCGACAGAGAGACAGAUGCUACGCUCGUCAUGCUCGCAUCCCCAUCUCACUCGACAAAACUGCACGCACUAACGUCGCGCUCGAUCCGACGCGACCCUGCGCUGUACAACUCGCCCAAGCUCUCAAGUAUCCGCUCUGCAUUCCAUCACCUCUCCGCACAACGGCGCAACGCGCGCUCGCAGCGAGUGUCGCUCGUCGAAAGGCUCCACCUUUCCGCCCGGUCCGCAGCAUCCGCCGACGGCUCGCCCAUCAGCGCCGAGUCGCGCGAGGCGGAUUUGCGUGGAGCUCUGGAGGCUGCGUUAGGCAGCCUCAGCGAGAUGGGCAAAAUAUACGAGGAGCGGGAAGUACGCUGGCGGGACGAGAUGAAGCAGCUCACCGAGGACCGAGAUCGCAUCGAGCUGCUGCUGAAGCAAACACUUGGACCUCUGAUAAUGAAUGGUAAUGUCAACGGGAAUGGGCGGGUAUGACUGCUAAUGAGGCUGAAGGGAAAGGGACGAGAAAAGAAAAAUGUUGCGAUACUUACACGACCAUUCACGCAGAAUGUACGACAACAUUGCCAGGUUCGAUGUAGACCACGACUUUGUACACGUAGACAGGACUAUGAACUUAUGGAAUAUAUCACAAGCGUACACCUUUAGGUACUACAG